AAAACAGUUCCAUCUGAGACGUUGUACGCAUUACAUGUCAUCUGCGGAGAAAUAUAAAACCGGAGAGUUAGAAAUUGUUUAAGCAAUUUGAAGAGUUUUGAUCCAGUAGUGUAACAGGUUACAAGAGAUCCUUACGAGAUUUAGGAAAAAUCGAAGAUCGGGAUCUUCGAAGAAAACAAAAGGGAUUACGCGAUCGAUCGAGUGUAUGUUUUCAUUAACAUAUUGAUGCCUCAAGGAUAACCGGCAGCUGACCAGCAAGAAGGUGGAAAGUGUGCAAGAAGGAUACUCUCAGUUUGAAAGUGUGUUUCGUGGCGUAAGGACACGCGCCUCCUCUUAAGAAAACUUAUUGAGCACAUGCGUAUUCUGGGGAAGACGUUCAAGUGGUUUUGAACGAAGACGAAUUCGGUGAAGAGUGUGUGAUCUCAAGUGUGAGGGUUUUGUGAGCUUUGUUGAUUUUACGAAAGUGUCCUCAAGGUGGAAGCUAUUACAAGUGAACCGCAACCAAUGCAUCUUCCGGCUAGCAACGAGUGCCAGACGCCUCCAGUACCCAAAACCAUGACCGACAUGUUCUCGAAUCUACACGAGAUGCUGCAGGAGUACCACGGUGAGCUGGUUACGACCGGUUCACCCUCAGUACUCUGCUCUGCACUUCCGACGCACUGGCGCUCCAACAAGAGUUUGCCAUGUGCCUUCAAAGUGAUCGCCCUGGACGAUAUCCAGGACGGGACCUUGGUAACGAUCAAGGCCGGCAACGACGAAAACUACCACGGUGAACUGCGUAACGCAACCGCCGUCAUGAAGAACCAAGUCGCCAAAUUCAACGACCUCCGAUUCGUGGGUCGAUCAGGACGCGGCAAGUCCUUCUCGAUCACCAUCAACAUCAGCACCUACCCAUGUCAGGUUGCAACCUACACCAAAGCCAUUAAAGUGACCGUCGAUGGACCACGGGAACCCCGCUCAAAGCAAAUAGACUUUGCCUACGGACAUCCGGGUGCGUUCAACCCGUUCAUGCUGAAUCCGGGCUGGCUGGAUGCGGCCUACAUGAACUACGCCUGGUCCGACUACUUCCGGCAGCAGCAACAGCUGCAGGCACAACAGCAGCAACAGAAUCCUGGGCAACCAGGACAGCCGGGACAACCCGUUAGUGGAGCGACGGCCAUAGGAAAAGGAUCACCAACGUUACCAACGGCAAAUGGCACAGCUGGUCCUCUGCUUCCGACCCCGCCGGCAGACUUCAUGCCCCUGUCCGGAGCUCCGGGAUCCAAUCCGGCCGCAGCAGUGCUCCCAAAUGGUGCCACCUACCUGCCCCCGCAGUUCCCAUUCGGACCACACACGGAUCUGCAUCUGAAAUCUCCAUUCCUGCCUUACGACAUCCAAUCGCUGCACGCUAACGGACUUCGAUCCGGGCUCUCGGCGACCAUCACCAUUCCAUCCGGGGACCUCAUCUCCUCGUCCCGCCUUUCUCCAGCGUCUUCCCGCAACUCCACCUCAUCUCCGCCUUCCACAAUCAACCAAUCCCACACCAAGAUGUCCCUGGAGCUGAACUCCACCAACGAGCAUUCCUCCGCCGAAGAAUCCGACGAAGAGCACAUCGACGUCGUCAAAUCUGCCUUCGUACCGAUCCUGCGACCACUUCCGACCUCGUCUGCGGAUACCAGCUCAGAUGCUCUCAACGCUCCCCUAAAAUCGGAAACUCCGGAUUCCACCACAACCCCCAGCUCACCGUCCAGUGCCCGCUGCGAACUGAAAGCCCCGAGCUCCAAGAAACCCCAACUCCACGAAUCCGCGCCCCUCUUAAGCGAACCUGGAUCACCCGAGAAUACCAAGCUCAAAUCGCCGAACCUGAUCAGCAUCAAGCAGUCUGCCAAAACCGUUUGGCGACCCUAUUGAGAGUAUCUGCUACUCUCCCGGAUGGCCACCCGAAUGGCCGUCGUGGCUGCGUCCUGCCGAGCGGGCAAUUAGCUGGUCACACACACCCAAACACUCACUCUCUCACUUUUCUGAGUUAGUAGUUCGUCUUAGUAAAUGCGACCGACUAUAACACUAUUUAUAUGUAGGUUCAGCUCCUGGUGAUAUUAAUGUUAAAUAACAAAAAUCGGUGAUGUUAGCAAUUAGGUGGACUGGAGGUGUCAAUUUUAUUUUCGUGUAAAUAGGGUAACCUCGAUGCGCUGUUAGAACUGCUUUAGAAGAUUUCUUUUUAUACUCGAGCGAUAAACAAGACGAAUCGAAAAAGGCAGCUUCCCCCAAUUUUAUUUCUUUCUUUCGAGAAAGCUCGGUAUUGAGGACUCUACACCCUAUGGGUGUAGAGUUGUGAUAGACUCAAACCCCUUUUAACCUUCUAGAGACCCCCCCUCCGAAAGGAAAUCAACAAUCCAAAAUUGUACAUAGCUAUAGUUUUAAAUGUUUGUUUUAAAAAAAAAAAUCUAGAGAUAGACCUAUUAUUAUUUUAUUUAAAUUAAAAUAGAAAACAGAAACCCUAAGCCUAGUUAAGCCAAAACCAAACACGCAAAGAAAAAAAAUUAAAACAGGUACAUUUUAUAUAGUACAAAACAACUCGAUUCUGUCGUCAAAGAAGAAAUCGUAAGAAAAUAAAGAAAAUGUUUAUAACAAAAGUUCUCAAAAUUAAAA